CCUCCUGUUUGAUCUGAAACAGGUUUUAUUUACUCACUGAGACUGAGAUAUGUUUUCUCCAGGUGUGUUUGGUGAUACAGAUGUAAUGAAGUCAGUGACUGAGGGAGAUUCUGUCUCUCUAAACACUGAUGUUACUGAAGAACAGAGAGAUGAUCUGAUGAUUUGGAUUUUUGGACCUGAAAAAAUUCGUAUAGCUGAAAUUAAUAAGCAGGUCAUUAAUAUGUAUGACAGUAAUGUGAAAUUUGGAGACAGACUCCAGGUGGACAGUCGGACUGGAUCUCUGACCAUCAGAAACAUCAGAACUGAACACUCUGGACUUUAUAAACUAUGUAUCUUCAGCACCAGAGGAACUUCAUACAAGAGUCUCAAUGUUACAGUCUAUGCUCGUCUUCCUGUUCCUGUCAUCACCAGAGACUCUUCACAGUGUUCUGCAUCUGAAAGAUCAACAAACCAGAAUUGUUCACUGCUGUGUUCUGCUGUGAAUGUGAGUGCUGUGACUCUCUCCUGGUACAAAGGAAACAGUUUAUUGUCCAGCAUCAGUGUGUCUGAUCUCAGCAUCAGUCUCUCUCUACCUCUGGAGGUGGAAUAUCAGGAGAACAACAUCUACAGCUGUGUGAUCAACAAUCCCAUCACAAACCACACCACACAUCUGGACGUCAGUGGACUCUGUCAGAUGUGUGCAGAAUGGUUUCUUCUAAAUAAAGUUCUUGCUGCAUCUGUGUCUGCUGUAGCUCUGGUUGUAGCUCUCGUGAGUGUGAUGUACUUCCUCUACAGGAAACGCAGAAGAGCGGCACAAAAACAACCUACAGCGGAAACAGUCCAGCUAGAAGAUGAAGAGAUACAAUAUGCUGAAACUGGAUUUUUUAGACAAAAUGAACAAAAAAAGAGAGCUAAUGGGACAGAGGAAGCAGUAUACUCCAGGAUUAUCGUACAACGCUGAUCAAACUGUCUUACUGCGUCAUUUAUAUGUAUACUGUUUGUCUAAUAAAAGAGAGGAACACAGAAGAACUCAACUGAAUGAAUUUGAUUUUUGACUGAUUUUCAACUUAUAUUUGAAAAUAUCCCUCUAUCAGACAAAGAUUAAGGUGCUUCUCAAUAAAUUAGAAUGUUGAGGAAAAGUUCAUUUAUUUCAGUACAAUGCACAG